UCCAGCUGCACCGAGCAGGACAGCUGAGAGAGAGCGAGAGCCUGUUCUGCAGCCCUCUUAUAUCCUGGAAUCAAGGGCCACAGUCAUCAGGCACCACUGUGAUGGUGGACAUAGCAGUGAUGGGAGAGGCCCACGGGCUGAUCUCAGACCUGCUGGCUGACCCCUCUCUGCCCCCCAACACCUGCACCUCGCUGCGGGCCGUCAGCAACCUGCUCACCACCCAGCUCACCUUCCAGCCGCUGCACCGGCCGCGCCCUGCUCCCCUGCUCAACCCCAGCGAUUCCUACACCUUCUCCGACUCAGAGGAGGGACCGGAGAAAGAAGGGAAAACGUCCAUCCAUAAGCGUAUUAGGCGGAGUCUCCACCCUGGUCUUCUGAGGAGGAUUUCUUCCACGUGGACCACCACCACCUCCGCCACAGGCCUGCCGUCCAUCGAGCCCGGACCCGUCCGAAGGGACCGCAGCGCCAGCAUCAAACCCUUCCAUGAAGCACUCACCUGCAGGUACCUGAGCUACAGCUGAAUGACUGAUGUCCCACUUCUCUCUCAGCCUACACUUCUCUAUCCUCAGAAACACGCUUUUACUUGUGCUUCAUACAGUACUAUUUGUUCCUUCUAUCUUCUUGCUGUAUUGUGUGUAGCUCUUUAGAAUAAAAUCCCUAAGAUGUUGUAUUUCAAUGCACUAAUAAGGUCCUACUGUGCAACACUGCACUGUAGGUCUAACUGUGGAACAAAUGAUUUAAGAGGGACUCCUGCUAUGGCUACCCCAGUAUGACACAUCCUUUUGAAGGUUAAGAGGUUUCUUCCCAGCAGUGUGGCUGUAGUUAUACCAAAGACAGCGUGAGUGAACAGUAAUGGCGCAGCGGAAGAGGAUGUGUGUGCAAUUGGAGCCAGAAUGGGAAUAUGCCCCACAGGCGAAUGCAUUAACCUGAAUAACUAAGAAACAUCCACUCUCAGCACAGAAGUACUGAUGAUAGCAUGAGGAUCAGGCUUUACAGAACUAUUAUCAUUCAGAAGUAGAUCUGCAUGCAUUUGACAUUAUUAUUUGGUGAAAGCUGUUGUGGGAUGAAGAAGAUUACAGGAUAUGUGUGAGUGAUGCUGAGUGUUUGUGUGCACUUGUGUUGUUGUGUACAUGAAAUAAUGUCUUUGUGUGGUGGGGUUUAUGCUUGGAUGCAUUUUGUUUUUGCAAAAGCUGUUGAGAAAAUCUGGUCUGGUUAUUUCAUGGUGUUCAGACAGGACUAAUGCACAUGCAGUGAGUCACCAGAAAUGUCAAGACAAGACAGUCCCAUAUUGUUGAAAACACAACAAAUAUCUCUGCUCGUUUCUGCUGUUUUUGUUUGGCUAGUAAAUCACAUUGAUGCAUUCAAUCUAGAAUAAACACAGGGUCUUAAUUUAUGAGAGUCGUUAUGAUGAUUACUGAGGAAAAUAUUUCAGCAUCAUUUACUGUGAUCAGUGCAGAGAUUUCAUUCCUUACAAUUACUUUGUAAUUUUGUGACAUUAUGUCUGGAUUAUUUUAGAACAGCUUUUGUUCUGCUUUUAUGAAUGUCAAAGAGGUGAACAAUGGAGAUCCAGCCAGUGUUGGUGUGUACUUGAAUAUUAGUUUGUGCAUAACAUGUUUUUAUCAGGGACUACAGAUGAAAAAUAGCCUUUUGGCUAACUCUGGCACAUUUACAGAAAUGUUCAUUAAUGUGCACUGUCCCUGUUAAAUAAAUGAAUAAAUAAAAAAUGAUGAUGUGAUGCUGUAGCA